AGGCCAUGAGCGGUUUGUUCCCGUCAUGUAAAUAAGUGAAGUCAACAUAAUUUUAGUGGGAUUUUUUGUUUAUUUUUUCGGUCCCUAACAGUUCAGGUGCUCGGCUCUAACACGUCCGGUUUGAAAAUUGUCACGAUCCAUGCUGAGACUGUUUCCCCCCGGAGAGCAGAGCUGCAAAGCACAGCAAUAAUCUUCAUUUUUCCGGCUGAAGGACUGAAGGAGGUGUCGGUGGAUUUUUUUUUUUAGAGACUGGGGGAAGAAAGGACGAAUAAAACAUGUCAACAAAAACUCCUUUGCCUACGGUCAACGAGAAGGUGACGGAAAGUCACACGUCUCACAGUAAUGGACGUCAGGAGAUCAGCACGCGUUCGGGCCGGACCGGCGUCCGAUCUCGCAGCUCCGAGGAGCCGCAGCAGCCUCACGUCGGCAACUACCGGCUGCUCAAAACCAUCGGCAAGGGUAACUUCGCUAAGGUCAAGCUGGCCCGACACAUCCUCACCGGCAGAGAGGUGGCAAUUAAGAUAAUAGACAAGACACAGCUGAACCCAAACAGCCUUCAGAAGCUCUUCAGAGAAGUUAGAAUAAUGAAGAUUUUGAAUCAUCCCAAUAUAGUCAAGCUUUUUGAAGUGAUCGAGACGGAGAGGACGCUGUACCUGGUGAUGGAGUACGCCAGUGGAGGAGAGGUCUUUGACUACCUGGUUGCACAUGGACGAAUGAAGGAAAAAGAGGCCAGGGCUAAAUUUAGACAGAUUGUAUCGGCCGUGCAGUACUGCCACCAGAAGCACAUUGUUCACAGAGACCUCAAGGCGGAGAACCUGCUCCUCGACGCAGACAUGAACAUCAAGAUCGCAGAUUUCGGCUUCAGUAACGAGUUCACGAUGGGCAACAAGCUGGACACGUUCUGCGGCUCUCCGCCGUACGCAGCGCCGGAGCUGUUCCAGGGGAAGAAGUACGACGGGCCGGAGGUGGACGUCUGGAGUCUGGGGGUCAUACUGUACACGCUGGUCAGCGGCUCGCUGCCCUUCGAUGGACAGAACCUCAAGGAGCUGCGGGAGCGUGUCCUCAGAGGGAAAUACCGCAUCCCUUUCUACAUGUCCACAGACUGCGAGAACCUCCUCAAACGCUUCCUGGUGCUCAACCCGGCCAAGCGGGGUACUCUCGAGGUGAGGGAGGACGCAGAAAAUCAAAUCAUGAAGGAUCGAUGGAUCAAUGCAGGAUUUGAAGAGGACGAGCUCAAGCCUUACACUGAACCAGAGCUGGACAUCACGGAUCAGAAGAGAAUAGAUGUGAUGGUGGGGAUGGGCUACAACCUGGAGGAGAUCCAGGACUCUCUGGCCAAGAUGAAAUAUGACGAGAUCACAGCUACCUACCUGCUGCUGGGCAGAAAGGCCUCCGAGCUGGAGCCCAGCGAGUCGGCCUCCAGCAGCAACCUGUCUCUGGCCAAACCGCGGCCCAACAGCGAGCUCAACGGCCAGUCGCCCUCCCACCUCAAAGUCCAGAGGAGCGUCUCCUCCAACCACAAACAGAGACGUUACAGCGAACAAGUCGGUCAGAACGUCCCUCCGGGGAUGUCUCAUCCAAAGAGGAGUCAGACCACCACAGCGGAGAACAGCGCCAAGGAGGAGAGCGGAGUCCAGCUGCGUAAACCCAGCACCCCGGGGAGCCGCGGCGCUCCGCCCGCCAGCCCGCUGCUGGGCAACGCCAACAACCCCAACAAGGCCGACAUCCCCGACCGCAGGAAAGGCGCCACCACCGGCCCGAGCAAUAACACUGCGUCGGCAGGUAUGACCCGGAGGAACACGUACGUCUGCAGCGACAGAAACAACACAGACCGCCUCUCCGUCAUCCCUAACGGGAAGGAGAACAGCAUGACUGAGAUGGCUUGUGCCACUAGUCCUUCCUCUGGCUUUGCCGCCGCUGCGUUCGGUGCCUCGUCCAGUUCGGUGCGGCUGAGGUAUCAAACCGUCGGCCCUUUGUACGUCUGCCAGGCAGGCUGGGCCACGCUGCCCCACUCCUACUACGCUCUGGACUACUGCUCGCCCAACAGUGUCGCCGCGUCGCCCGGCGGCCAGAGGAACCCGGUGGCGUCGAUCAACAGCAUCGCCAACGCCACCACGCCCGACCGUCUCCGCUUCCCGCGAGGUACCGCCAGCCGCAGCACCUUCCACGGCGGCCAGCUGAGAGACCGCCGCACGGCCACGUACAACGGGCCGCCGGCCUCGCCCACCCUCUCCCACGACGCCACCCCUCUCUCUCAGACCCGCAGCCGUGGAACCAGCAACCUUUUCUCCAAACUGACCUCCAAACUCACCCGCAGAAACAUGUCAUUCAGGUUUACCAAAAGUCGCCAUGUACCUGGGGAUCAAAAAGGGGAAAAUAAAGACAGUAAACCCCGCUCCCUCAGAUUCACUUGGAGUAUGAGGACCACCAGCUCCAUGGAGCCUUGCGAUAUCAUGCGGGAGAUUCGCAAGGUGCUCGACGCCAACAACUGCGACUACGAACAGCAAGAGAGUUUCCUGCUUCUUUGCGUCCACGGGGACGGGCGAGCCGAGAACCUGGUCCAGUGGGAGAUGGAGGUUUGCAAGCUGCCCCGUCUCUCCCUCAACGGCGUCAGGUUCAAACGGAUAUCCGGAUCAUCCAUCGCUUUCAAAAACAUUGCUUCCAAAGUUGCCAACGAGUUAAAGCUAUGAACAAAAGGGUUUAAAAGUAUACAUAUAUAUAUCUAGAAGUAUUUAAGCUGUACAAUCAUCCAAGUAGCAGUUUCCAAAUGUCUCCUUUUUUAAACAAAAUACAGAGUAUGUAUUGAACAUUAUAAUGUAUAGAUUAAGGCUUUUGGCAAUAAUCACUGAAUUACCUACUAAUAUCUCAGUCUAUUCUGGCCACACGGGGUCGACAUUAACGAGUUGAAUAUGAUUUGUCAUGCUGUGAAUGUGGACAAAAAAAGAAACAUUUCUAGUCUUAUUUAUUUAAUCUUUUUUUGUUUUAUUUUUUCUCCUGGAAAAAGAAAAAAAUUACGUAGCUUUUUUUCUGUUUUGUUUUCAGUGUAAAUAAUGUAUCUUUUCUUUCAAGACGGCUUCACUGCAAUACUCUUUUUUUUUUUUUCUUUUCUUUUGUAUUUCGUUGAAAAGUAGAGAUGAUGGGGAGUCCGUGUAAAUGCUCACAUGGUUUAAGGGUCACUCAUGUCUCAAUUAAAGUGUCUGUCAACUUGAA